AUGAAGCAGGCGGCAUUUGGUAUGGAGGAUGCCCAUGGUCUACUCCUCGAUGCUGAGCAGAGGGGCCAACAGAUCUCCCCACCCUUGCUGUACUGCUUCCUCUGCCUGGGCCCAGCUCCUGCUCCCUCGCUUGCCUGCCGGUCUCAGAAUCCAGCAUCUCUCCCCACUGCCCCGGUCCCCAACUGUGCACCAAGGCUAUGCCCUCUGUCCUUUGGUGAAGGAGUGGAGUUUGACCCCUUACCACUGAAGGAAGUAAGGUAUACUUCCUUGGUCAAGUAUGACUCAGAGCGGCAUUUCAUUGAUGACGUGCAGCUGCCCCUGGGCCUGGCCGUGGCCUCCUGCAGCCAGACGGUCACCUGCAUCCCCAAUUGCACAUGGCGCAACUAUAAGGCUGAGGUGCGCUUUGAGCCACGCCACAAGCCCACACGCUUCCUCAGCACCACCAUCGUCUACCCCAAGUACCCCAAGACCAUCUACACCACCACCUUGGAUUACGACUGCCGCAAGACGCUGAGGAGGUUUCUGUCCAGCGUGGAGCUCGAAGCCACGGAGUUCCUGGGAAGCGAUGACCUCUCAGAUGAAUGCUGA